UCACUAGAGGGCGCUGCUCGGAUUGCUUGUGUGGUGAAAAACACACGAGUUGUCACGAGUGAGGUCAGAGUUGAAUGUUUGACAGAAAGAGAGAGAGUCCAAUAUGGAUGCCAUAUUCCACGAGAAACAAGAGGGCUCUCUCUGCGCCCAGCACUGCCUCAACAACCUGCUGCAAGGUGAGUACUUCAGCCCUGUGGAUCUUUCCUCCAUUGCCCAUCAGUUGGACGAAGAGGAGAGGAUGAGGAUGGCAGAGGGAGGAAUGGGCAGCGAUGAAUAUAGGACCUUUUUGCAGCAACCUUCUGGAAACAUGGAUGACAGUGGGUUCUUUUCCAUACAAGUUAUUAGCAAUGCUCUGAGAGUUUGGGGAUUGGAGCUAAUCCUCUUCAACAGCCGGGAGUACCAGACCCUGAUGAUCAAUCCAAUAAAUGAAAAUGCCUUUAUAUGCAAUUACAAGGAGCAUUGGUUUACUAUUCGCAAACUUGGACAACAGUGGUUUAACUUGAAUUCACUUUUGACUGGACCAGAGUUGAUAUCAGAUACAUAUUUAGCCCUUUUCCUUGCACAGUUACAGCAAGAAGGUUAUUCAAUUUUUGUGAUCCGUGGAAGCCUUCCAGACUGUGAAGCAGAGCAGAUUCUUGGGAUCAUGAGAGUGCAGCAACAGCAGCGGCCAAGGCUUAUUGGAGAGGACGAGGCUCAGACAAGUGCAGGUAGAUCAGCAACACUAAGCCAUACAGAGAUGGGCUUUGACGUGGAGAGCAAUGUCGUGGAGGAAGAGGAGGAGCUGAAGAAAGCUCUAGCGCUGAGCAGACAGGACAUAGACGUGGAAGAUGAGGAAGCUGAUCUCCGCAGGGCCAUUCAGCUCAGCAUGCAAGGAGCUGUGUUGAGCAACACAUCUUCAGAUUCUGGAGGUGGACAUGUGAAGAUGGACAAUGAGGCUGCAGGGGGACGAAGAGUACAAAAUGAGGCGCUCACAGCAGAGGAGCUGAGGAAGAGGAGGCAGGCUUACUUCGACCGGCAACAGAUCCAACUUCCAUCGAACAUUCCUCAACAUGCUAACACUGCAUCCAUAGAGAACCCUCGCACUGAAGUGGACCAACAACAAAAGCCCAGCCUGUAAACCUGGCGAAGCUUAUUAUUAUGACACGCUGCUUGGAACUGUGGCCCCCUACCACUAAUCUAGUGAUGACUUUGCUCCUUCCUCUAAACUGUUUUGCCCCUUUUGCGAAAACGUGGACUCUCAGGAGGCUUUUCCCCGUUUGGUUCGCUGAUGGGUGUUAGAGAACAACAACAGAGAAUAAGGCAGCAGGCGGCCAUCAGGGCUGCAUAGAAGCUGAACUUUUGAUGCAGUGAAACAAAUUUGCCUUUUUUUUAAAACCAUGGCGCCUUCUGUUUCUGCAGUAUACUGUUUCGUUUUCUGUUUAUUCCCCUGCGAGGGAUAAAAAAAAGGAACCAUUACGUACAAAUGGGUGUGUUUGUUGUGGGAGGGAAAAUCAUAGAGCUUGUCCACUGUUAAAAUUUGCUUCUACUUUUGUAUCAUGACACCAGUGUUUUGAAGUAGUUUUUGGUGGUAAACAAACAUCUAAAAGGCACGUCAGUAUUUUUACUUUCUUAUUCAAUAUCAUGAGUCAGUUUGCUUUAAAGUGACAUUGUACAACAUAUUUCUGUUGUUGUGGCUUGCUUACUGAAUGAGUGACAUUAAUAAAGUACUCCUUGUUUGAGUACACAUUUUAUAGUCAAGUGUAUCAUGGAUAGACACGAGAGAACACUAACUAAAGCAACUUUUUCAUUUUUUCAACUUCUUGCCUAAAAUAUGUUGACAUAUACAUUAAUAGGGAGCAACUACUUUCAAUCUGCAUGUGAUAAAUGAAUCCAUUAUUCCAGCAGGACUUCUCACAUUCUCUUUUCAUCAGUAUGUAUGAUAGAAUUAAAUGUCCUUCAUCUGUCAGUCACUGACAUAAAAAACGAACAGUUAAGUAUUAUUAAAGUUAACUGUGUCGUAGAUUUUGAAAUGCAACAUUAAUACAUUUAUGUUAACCAGUAGGAUAUUAGGUUUGUAUGGAACCAAUUUAACGUUUCCAUUUUCAACUUCAAGUCAUUCUUCGUGUUUUGCUUGAUUUGAAAUGCAAAUGCUGUUUUUUCACAUUACCAGUUUCACUUAAUACACUACCGUUCAAAAGUUUGGGGUCACAUUGAAAUGUCCUUAUUUUUGAAGGAAAAGCACUGUAAUUUUCAAUGAAGAUAACUUUAAACUAGUCUUAACUUUAAAGAAAUACACUCUAUACAUUGCUAAUGUGGUAAAUGACUAUUGUAGCUGCAAAUGUCUGGUUUUGGUGCAAUAUCUACAUAGGUGUAUAGAGGCCCAUUUCCAGCAACUACCACUCCAGUGUUCUAAUGGUACAAUGUGUUUGCUCAUUGGCUCAGAAGGCUAAUUGAUGAUUAGAAAACCCUUGUGCAAUCAUGUUCACACAUCUGAAAACAGUUUAGCUCGUUACAGAAGCUACAAAACUGACCUUCCUUUGAGCACAUUGAGUUUCUGGAGCAUCACAUUUGUGGGGUCAAUUAAACGCUCAAAAUGGCCAGAAAAAAAAAACUUUCAUCUGAAACUCGACAGUCUAUUCUUGUUCUUGGAAAUGAAGGCUAUUCUACAAAAUUGUUUGGGUGACCCCAAACUUUUGAACGGUAGUGUACUUUCUGUGCUUUUUUGUUUCAGAAUGCUCACAUUCUUUUGCAAAUAUGUUGGUGUCAUUUCAGAAUAAAGCAACAUUCAUUAAUUAUUUAAGAGUGUAUUUUAUUUUUAUUUUGUACUUGAACAUUGUGAUAAUAUUAAAGUAUAUAUUGUCAGGCUUGUCCCUGACAGUUUGGUUAUGUUUUAGUUUUUCCUCUGUGUUUGUCUUUAUUUCCUGUCAGCGCUUUUAUUUUGGUUGUUUCCUGCUUGUCUCCCUGAGCGCUGUUUCCCCUCAGCUGCGGCUGAUUGGCACCUAGCCACACCUGGUGUCAAUCAGCCAGCUGCUAUUUAAACCUGCCUUGCCAUCCAGUCUGGGCUGGA